GAGGUUUCAAUUCCACUCUCGACUCGCCGGAGAUGGCAAAACCAACGUUGUUUCAGGAAAAUCUGGAUGUCAAUGGUAAUGUUUCAUUUCCAAAAGCUUCUUCUUUUCAAGUUUCAAAAUGUUGUUCUAACCCUAAUUUUGCCAGAGCACUGAGUUUCAAUUCCAACUCCAGAAAGCUCCACUUGGUUCUUGAUCUGGAUCACACACUCCUCCACACCACUCAACUCUGUAAUCUGACACCUGAAGAAGACUAUCUCAAGAUCGGAACCCAUCCUCAUCGAGAUGUUUUCGUGCUUGAAACUGUGAUCACCAAGCUCAGGCCCUUUGUCUGGAGAUUCUUGGAUGAAGCCAGCAAGAUGUUUGAGCUGUACAUAUACACAAAGGGUAACCGGUACUAUGCGGGUCUAAUGGCUGCCCUGCUUGAUCCUAGGAAGGAGUAUUUCCCUUCCAGUUCUAGAGUCAUAUCCUGCGAGGAUCACGGAAUCGUGAGGAUAUAUAAGAGUCUGGAUGCUGUGGUUGGCUGCAAUUAUUCUAAUGUUUUGAUUCUUGAUGAUACAGAAGCGGCAUGGACAAAGGAAAGCCGGGACAAUCUAAUCGUUGUCGAGAAGUAUUGUUUCUUUAGGCACAAAAUGGGCCUACCUAAAUGCAAGUCUCAUGCUGAGUUAAAGACUGAUGAAUGUGGAUAUCUUGCAGCACUUCUUGAAGUGCUUAAGGUAAUCAACCGUAUCUUCUGUGAUGAACUAGCCAUAAAUCCUUCUGGUGUAGAUGUGAGGGAUGUGUUACAACUGUUUGGAAACAAUUCGUCAAGAGAGAAUGACAGCUACUCAAAUAGUUGAUGUUCCUCUGCUGUUGACCGUGCUCACAAGGCUCUUACCUCCUUCACAAAUGGCCAUUCUUGUCAAAUUGCUUAACGAUUACAGGACAAAGAAAAGUAGCCAACAAAAGCUGAAUCCAAUAGUGAGACUCAUCAUUGGUGAAAAGGUUUUGCCUUCAGAAACAAAUUGAUGUCAUCAACUGCUCAUACUGCUACUGACUUGAAGCUUCGAAAUUCCUCAGGACAAGUGUUAUGCUACUGCUCUGAUGCUUACCAAAAGCCUCAACAAUUUCAAGGAAAAUAAGAUAACCCCACCCCAGCUGGUCUGAAGGUGAGACUGAUAGUUGGUUCGAUUGUGCAAAGUCCUUUGAUUUCAGUAAUCAAAUCUUUCUGGAGAAAGCAGAAGCAAGACCAAGCCACGGGGUGAUGAUUCAAAUUCUUUUGUUCAACAGCUUCCGUUUGGAGAUAUAUAGUUAUCCUUUAGUUAGACUCCAAUAGUUUAUUUCCAUGUUAAUAUACUGUAAAGACAAAUUUUUUUUAGUGCGCUUACAUCCCCUGAUGUAAUAUGGGUACAUUAGUUUGCUCGAUAUGUUUUUAGUUGUAAUGCUUUUGUCGUGUGGGAAUAAUAAUAUUUGUGGGUUCAAUGUUUGUAGUCCUUUCA